AAUUUUUAGGAAAAUAACAACAUUCGAAAGAAGAUGGCCGACGAAAAGCCUGAUUUAGAAGACUCGAUGCAAGAUGAUGAUUCUUCUCCUGUUAAAGAUCCAUAUGGACCACGAGUUGUGAAAAUAAGAAAAGGAGAAAGAGGCUUUGGAUUUAACGUUCGUGGCCAAGUUUCAGAAGGUGGACAGUUACGAUCUAUAAAUGGAACUUUAUAUCCUCCUCUUCAAAUGAUAAGUGCAGUUUUGGAUGGUGGUCCAGCUGACAGAGCAGGUGUUCUUGUUGGUGACAGAAUAUUAAUGGUAAACAAUGAAAAUUGUGAGGGAGCAGAUCAUCGAAAAGUUGUCGAUCUGAUCAGACAAGGUGAAAAUGCAUUGACAAUGGCGAUUAUUUCAGUUACACCGAGUGAAGCCCGGAAACUUGAUGGGCCUGCUGAUGUUGUUGGUAGUAGAGAUUAUAUUGACUAUUCAGAAAGGAAAAGUGUUCCUAUCACAAUACCAGACUUUCGAACAGAAGACAAGAAUGGUGAAAAAUAUGUAGUUUAUAAUGUGUAUAUAUCGGGUUCAUAUGUUUGUGCUAGAAGAUACAAAGAAUUUGCAGCUCUACACGCUGAGCUAAAAAGACGAUUUAGAGAUUACCCCUUUCCAAAGUUUCCAAGCAAGUGGCCAUUUUCAUUGUCUGAACAACAAUUGGAUGCUAGAAGACGUGGUUUGGAAUCGUAUAUUGAAGAAGUCGCUGCUGUGCGUGUUAUUGGUGAAUCAGAAAUACUAGAUGAUUUCUUGAAAGAAGAUGAGGAAACGACAACUUCUCCAUCACUGCAACAACAACAGCCACGACCAGUUGAAAAUCAAGAGGUGGAAUUUAAAAUAAACCUUCCGAACAAGUCUUCAUUGCUGUUGACAGUUUCAAAAAAACUACGAACAGCUAAAGUUUAUGAGGCUGUUGUGAAAAAGGCUGGACUUACAGAUUUUAGCGCCACUUUUUUUGGUUUAUUUGAAAUCGUUGACAACGGAUUUGAACGUAAACUCGAGGAUGCAGAAUUUCCACAUAGAAUUAUCACUAAAUAUGUGCAGAGUAAUGAUAGUCAUUUAGCUUUAAGAAAAUGGAUCUUUACAGUGUCAAGGGAGUUAAAGCUAACAGAAGAUACAAAAGCAUUAAAUUUAAUAUAUGGACAAGCUAUUGAUGAUAUCAGAAAAGGUCUUGUGCUACCUGGAGAUCAGAUUCAAAACAUAAAAGAACUUAAAUCUUCAAAUAAUAUAAAAGAAUUUUUGGAUGUUGCUCGCACUUUAGUGGGAUAUGGUACUGUCAAAUUUCCACACUGCAAAUGCGACGCUCGGAAAGAAGGACAUGUGAUUGUGACGUUUAGCAUAACACAUAUGUCGCUAAACGCCUGUUCAACAGACGGUAUACCAGAGGAUCAAGAACAUGUAUUUAAUUGGGACGAAAUCACAAGUUGGGAUGCGGACACUGAAGCUAUGUGUUUUUGGUUUGAAUACCAAAAACCUGGGAAGAAAAAGAGACAAGUUCGAAUAUUUUCAAAAUUUUUUACAUAUAUGGGAAGUUGUGUUAUAAGAAUCAUGAUGGAACGUAGCUGGUGUAAAAAGGAUAAAAGCGGCAACCCAAUUUUACCUGAACUUAAGGAAUCUGGAACGAGUGUCAAUACUCAAGUUUCCAUAAAAAAAACGGAAAGCGACGCGAUAAAUGACAUCGACGAUGGAGAUUUAUAAAUUGCUGAUAGAGGACUCGACUGCACCUUUGUUCAUCGAUCAAAUGUUAUUGGUGCUAAGAAAGCGGUUUACGAACUGACUUGAGAAAAAAAUUCAUAAUACCUAAGAAAAUUAUUAAAUCGAUAAAAUAUAUCCAUUCGUGCAUAACUCGCACCAAAUAAAAAUGAAAUUGUUACGAUGGUCAUGUUCACACUUGCAACAAAAAAAUCUGAUACUGUUUUGAUGAUUAUGUUCACACUCACAGAAGUUAAUUUAUAUUUUUUCCAUGAUGUUCUGUACACGCUCACGAAUUUAUCUGAUAUUGUUGUUUCUUUGUUGCGAUUAUCGUCUUUGCGCUGACUUUUGUUGGCGUUAAAUCACGUUAUUGGCGGCAAAUUUCGACAUAACAUUUUAACGUCGUGUCGAGAAUAUUACCUUAAAGCUAAAUUUUGUUUACGUGUGUGUGUGUGUUCUUUAUGUUUGUUUUUGUUUGUUGUACUUGUUUCAUAAUUACUUAAAGUUAUAUUUUUAAAUAUUUGAAAAAAAUCAAAAUCAAAAGCUAUUGAACUUUUCUGAUGUUCAUCUUUAAAGAUGAUCAAUAUCUUUACAGAGUGGCUCUACGGCGUUUUCAAGACUUGUUAGGGGAGAAUUACUUCUGGCCCCUGUGCUCAACCCUCCCCUUAACUGUCAAAAACGUACAUAGGACCCCCCGCAUAGAUAGUUAAGCUGAAUUUCUACUCAAGAGCAAAUCGAAUCAGAACGAAACGGAACAAGGAAAAUACUUUUUGAUUGGCCAUCUGCUAAUUAUUCUUUAUAUAUAUAUAAUUUUUCUCCUUCGUGUUGACAAGAAAAUUUGUUUCAUUUUGAAUCGGAACAGCAAGUGAAAGUAACCAAUCAGAUUGUCCGUUCCGAUUCGUUCGUUUUUGGAUGAAAAUUCACCUAAAAGUCCACGUGGUUCAUUUUCGGCGCACAGUUUUCAAAUCGUUGAGUUUAAAAUCAAAUUCUAGUUUUUACCACUCAACAACCAAGAUCUGCUUGAAUUACUAACCUCGUUUCCAGGGCUUUUUGUCUCUCAUCGGCGCUGCACGUGCAAAAAGAGACAGCAGGUCCUGGGAUCGAGAUUACUUAAAUUAUCUCUAUGUAUUUUCUUUAUUUGAUAUUGAAGACAAUUUUUCUUACUUUUAUUUUGGAUCCAAAUCAGCCAAGCCCAUAAAUUAGGGGUAAAGAAGGUUUAAUGUAUUUACGGGAUAUAAAGCGAUUUUUCAGUGCAAAAUUUUCACCCAUUACUUACGGCAGGCAAAGCAAUGAAAUAUAAUUUUCUUCAAUUAUGAAUUUAUAAAUAUUAUAAUGGUAUUUUUCUGUAAUAUACUUCUACUUCAUAA